CGGCGCUCGGCGAGGGUAACAAUGGCAGCGGCGGUGGCGGCGGGCGGAGGGGCCGGGGCUGGAGCCGCGGCGGCGGCUGUGGCGGUGAGCGGAGGGGCCGGCUUGGCAGCGCUGUCGGUAGCGCGGAGGAAGGACGGCGGCCCCACCGGGAAGUUCUGGGAGAGUCCGGAGACGGUGUCUCAGCUCGACUCGGUCCGCGUCUGGCUGGGGAAGCACUACAAGAAGUAUGUCCAAGCAGAUGCUCCUACCAAUAAAACACUGGCUGGGCUGGUGGUGCAGCUGCUGCAGUUCCAGGAAGAUGCCUUUGGAAAACAUGUCACCAAUCCUGCCUUCACCAAGCUUCCUGCAAAGUGCUUCAUGGAUUUCAAAGCUGGAGGUACAUUAUGUCACAUUCUUGGUGCUGCUUACAAAUAUAAGAAUGAACAGGGCUGGAGGAGGUUUGACCUGCAGAACCCAUCCCGGAUGGAUCGGAAUGUGGAGAUGUUCAUGAACAUUGAGAAAACCCUCGUGCAGAACAAUUGUCUGAGCAGACCAACCAUCUACCUCGUUCCAGACAUAGAGCUCAAGCUGGCUAACAAAUUGAAGGAUAUUGUCAAACGUCACCAGGGAACAGUAACUGAGGAGAAAUCAAAGGCUACACACCAUGUUUAUCCAAGUCCUACCUCAAUGGAUGAUGAUGAAUGGUUGAGACCUGUGAUGAAAAAAGACAAGCAGGUGUUGGUACACUGGGGCUUUUUUCCAGACAGCUAUGACACUUGGGUUCAUGCCAAUGAAAUAGAGGCUGAAAUCGAGGAUCCUCCAAUUCCUGAAAAGCCAUGGAAGGUUCAUGCCAAGUGGAUUUUGGACACAGAUAUAUUCAAUGAGUGGAUGAACGAGGAGGAUUACGAGGUGGAUGAGAACAGGAAGUCAGUCAGUUUCCGACAGAGAAUCUCCAUGAAGAACGAGGAGCCUGUCCGCAGUCCAGAGAGGAGAGACAGGAAAGCAGCAGCAAGUACAAGGAAGAGAAAGCAUUCUCCUUCUCCACCCCCAACUCCUGUGGAGUCAAGAAAAAAGACAGGGAAGAAAGGGCAAGCAGCCUUAUAUGGGAAAAGGAGAGGGCAGAAAGAAGAAGAUGAGCAAGAAGAUCUCACAAAGGACAUGGAGGAUCCCACACCAGUACCUAAUAUAGAAGAAGUGGUACUUCCCAAAAAUGUGAACCCAAAGAAGGACAGUGAAAACACGCCUGUGAAAGGAGGAACAGUAGCAGACCUGGAUGAACAGGAUGAGGAGACUGUGGCAACGGGAGGAAAGGAAGAUGAAGAUCCCAACAAAGGGGAUCAGAGUCGCUCAAUUGAUCCAGGUGAAGAUAACGUCACAGAACAGACCAACCACAUCAUUAUUCCCAGCUAUGCAUCUUGGUUUGACUACAACUGUAUUCAUGUGAUUGAACGUCGUGCUCUUCCUGAAUUCUUCAAUGGAAAAAACAAGUCCAAGACUCCAGAAAUAUACCUGGCUUACCGCAACUUCAUGAUUGACACCUAUCGCCUCAACCCCCAGGAGUAUUUAACCAGCACUGCCUGCAGAAGGAAUCUGACUGGGGAUGUGUGUGCAGUCAUGAGGGUGCAUGCUUUUCUGGAGCAGUGGGGUCUCAUUAACUACCAAGUGGACCCAGAAAGCCGCCCCAUGGCCAUGGGACCUCCUCCUACUCCCCACUUCAAUGUCUUGGCUGACACCCCCUCAGGACUCAUGCCUCUCCACAUCCGUACCCCACAGAUUCCAGCUGCUCAGCAGAUGCUGAGUUUUCCUGAGAAAAACAAGGAGAAGCCUACUGAUCUGCAGAACUUUGGACUUCGCACGGACAUUUACUCAAAAAAGACUUUGGCCAAGAGUAAAGGUGCAAGUGCUGGAAGAGAAUGGACAGAACAAGAGACACUGCUGCUACUAGAAGCUCUGGAGAUGUACAAAGAUGAUUGGAACAAAGUCUCUGAGCACGUUGGGAGCCGUACCCAGGACGAGUGCAUUCUGCAUUUUCUGAGGCUCCCGAUUGAAGAUCCCUACUUGGAGAACUCAGAUGCAUCCCUGGGCCCCCUGGCUUACCAGCCUGUGCCCUUCAGCCAGUCUGGCAACCCUGUCAUGAGCACCGUUGCUUUUCUGGCAUCAGUGGUGGAUCCCAGGGUGGCAUCAGCUGCAGCAAAGGCUGCCUUGGAGGAGUUCUCUCGAGUCAGAGAAGAGGUCCCACUGGAGCUCGUUGAAGCUCAUGUGAAGAAAGUACAAGAAGCAGCAAGAGCCUCUGGGAAGGUGGAUCCAACAUAUGGACUGGAGAGCAGCUGCAUUGCUGGAACAGGUCCAGAUGAGCCCGAGAAAAUCGAUGGAGCUGAAGAAGAAAAAAUGGAAACUGAGACAGAAGGGCAACAGUCUGAGAAGGUUGAAAGCAAAGCAGAGAGUGAAAUUGAGGAGGGUGAUAAAGUACAAGAAGGAGAAAAUGAGAGAAAUCCAGAAAAAGAGCAAGACAGUGAAGCUGUGGCAGAGCCCAAGCCAGAAGAGAAGGAGGCAGAAGAGAACAAGGAGAAUGUUGAUGCCAGCAAAGACAAAGAAAAUGAGGCUGGGAAGAAGAAAGUGGAACAUGAAAUCUCGGAAGGAAACGUAGCCACAGCUGCAGCUGCUGCCCUUGCCUCAGCUGCCACCAAAGCAAAGCACCUGGCAGCAGUGGAAGAAAGAAAGAUCAAGUCCCUGGUUGCCCUUCUGGUCGAAACACAGAUGAAGAAGCUGGAGAUAAAACUUCGCCACUUUGAGGAGCUGGAAACCAUCAUGGACAGAGAGAAAGAGGCACUGGAGCAGCAGAGGCAGCAGCUGCUGACGGAGCGGCAGAACUUCCACAUGGAGCAGCUGAAAUACGCGGAGCUGAGAGCCCGGCAGCAAAUGGAGCAGCAGCAGCAGCACAGCCAGAACCCCCAGCAGCCUCACCAGCACCCCGGGGGACCUGGCAUGAACCCCCUGGGGGCACCGGCACAUCCAGGCUUGCUGCCUCACCAGCAGCCUCCCCCCUACCCCAUGCUGCACCACCAGAUGCCACCUCCUCACCCACCCCAGCCAGGUCAGAUGCCAGGACCUGGCUCGAUGAUCCCUGGACAGCCCAUGCCAGGCAGGAUGAUGUCAGCCAACAUCCACCCAGCUGGUGGUGGCCCUGCCCCCCCGGGCAUGUCACCCAUGGCAGGAAAUCUCAUCGGACCUCGUGUUCCUCUGGCAGCUCCCAACGGGAUGUAUCCCCCUCCAGCACAGCCACCUCCACCAGCAGAAGGGGUGACCCCCCCUCCAGCAGGAGCCCCCCCGGCCUCAGCCGCUCCCUAAGCAGUCAAGGCAGAAGGAACUUCUACAGCAACAAAGUGGUGACCAAAAAUGAAACUUCCUCAGUUACCUUCUGUUCCCUUGAGAGGUUUUUGCCUCCUGUUGGCCGUGUCUAUGGCAUCAAGAAGCACACCUACACUGAGUCUUUUGCCCCCUUCCUCUCCCCACCCUUUGUAACCUUGGUGCAGUGCUGGGCAUUUUUGGGAAAGCUUUAGAUGGAAGAUGCCAGUAGUGCCUCCACGUUGCUGGUGGGAAGUCCUUCACACUUUGGUCUGCUUGCCUUUCAGGGCAUGCUCCACUCUGGUUUCUUUCUUCUUGGUGUUUUGAGCUUUGGGUUCUCCUGGGAAGGGUCAAAACAAACAAAACCAAACAAACCAAAAGCUUUGAAGGUGGAGGCAUCAGCUGAGCCUGAGGCUGUUGUAGCAUGUGCCCUCUCCACCUACCUUUAACAUUUUGGGUUCUCCAGGUAGAGCAAAUCACCAAGAUGGGAUGGCAAACCAGAGUUUGGAGCAGAGAAGGGAAAUCAGGGCAUGCUGGUGCACAAACCAUCAGCCAUGGCUGUUGAGCUGAUGGGUAAGGAGAGCAGCUGGGUCCUGGGGCUGCCUCGCUAACUUAUUGAAAGGAAAUAAUGAUCCAGGGCAAAGGAAGCCAGGAAGGAAUCAAUUGGAAUAAAACCACUCAAUGGUAGGAGUUUUCUUGCUCCGGUUUUUACCUUUCUUUUUGCCUUUGAAAGGUGGUAGCUGAACCUUCCCUCUGAGUAGUUUUUGGUACAGUAGCCAACUGAGGAAUAAACCCGUGAUUUUUAGUCCCUCCUUUUUGGAACAUAGGCUUUUUACUUCUUAAAAUGAACAAAAUG